AUGAUCGCUCCUCCCACGCUGGAGCGCUCCGAGUCCGACACAAGAUUCCUCCGGCUCGCACAAAACUUGAACCAGGCGCGAAAGGAGGGAGCGAAGGUGCAGGCGCGCGCCAGCCUCUCCUUCUUUUUCGCCGGACUCGCCCUCUUUUUUGUGGCGAUUGUCUUCGACAUCGUCCUCAUCUCCGGCGGUCUGAUCGGCGUGCCGUACAAAGCCGCCAAUUUUGCUCAGCCCUUUUGGCUGAGCGGCAUCCUCAUUGCGCUCCUUGGUUUACUGCCCUCGUACCAAAAGAGCCAGAUCGUCGUCGCUGGCAUUAUGGCGAUCUCGGCACCGCUUGGCGCCUUCGCCUUCACCUACACCCUGGACCCUCCGCUAUCCGUUGUCUGCGCUGCGGAUUACACAUCAGCGACUGCUGAUGGCUGUGCCAUGCAAGUUUACUCAACUGUCGCGUACGCGGUCACGGGUAUCACCUGCUCCGCCUUGGUGCUGCCCGCGGUGCGCAGGCGCGACGGCACGUGGGCGAUGCAGCCUAGUGUCCGACUGCGUCGCCUUUGGGCGGCGGCGCGGCUGAUUUGUCUCUUGUUUGCAGCCAACACCUUGCCGCUGGGCGUGGUGGCGCUCGUCGAGGGCGUCGACUAUCUCGGCGCCGCGGCCAACCUCUUCGCCGGCUCGUGCGCGCUGCUCCUCCUGCUCGCCUUCCGCCCGUCGAGCCGGCGGCGGAUGCACGCCCUCCUCUUCGAGCACCUCCACUUCGACGACCAGUCGCGCGCUGCAGCUAUGGUGGCCAGCAUGACCGGCGGCAUCACUGCCGAGGCCGCGCUCCAGUCGGCGAGCCUGAACUUUCGCGUCGUCGACUUCUCCGAGCUUCGCGCGGACGACUUUGCCAGCAGCCAGACCCACGGAGGACCAGCGACGGCGCGCAGGGGGGCGCGCACGAGGCGCGUGGCGCUCGGGGAGUGCGAUGCCUUCGUCUCGCACUCGUGGUCCGACGACGGCGACGCCAAGUUCUGCGCUCUGCGCACGUGGGCCGAAGCCUUCACGGCCAGAUUCGGCCGCACGCCGCUGCUGUGGGUGGACAAGUUCUCGCUCAACCAGGGCAACCUCUCGCAGGGCCUCGCCUCGCUUCCCGUCAACCUCGCCGGCUGUGCACGUCUUGUGUGCCUCCUCGGCCCGACGUACCUCGACCGGCUGUGGACUCUGCUCGAGCUCCUGACCUUCACGCGCAUGGGAGCCGACCACUCCGCCCUCGUCGUGCUGCCCAUCGGGCGCGGCGUCCCGGCGGCAGGCGCGGAGGACACGGCGGGUCUCGAGGCAGAUCAGGGGGGGCGCGGCGCGAAGGCCGAGGUGAUCGAGAAGGUCAAGGCUUUCGCGCUGCGCGACGCCACGUGCUUCGACCACGCCGAGCGCGACCAUCUGCUCGAGGUGAUCGCCUCCGGCUGCGGCAGCCACUUGGCCUUUGAGCGCAUGCUGCGCGCGGUGCUCAUGCCCGCCCUCACCGGCUCUGUCCGCCCGACGGUGGGCGUCCGCCGCCUCUCGGGGGACUUCGCCCAAGCCAUCAGAACCUACUUUACGCAAUCACGCCGGCCGUCCGCCACCAGAUCGCCGCCCACGUGA